GCAGGAGGGAGAAGUGCUUCAGAAAAACCCCUCAAUUCAGAGCCUCCGCAGAGUGAGGGGAGGUUUAGACCACCCUCCCCUCUGCUCCCCGGGCUGGGGUCUGGCUCCUGACUUUGACUUACCGGUCUUCUCUGGGCACAUGUGUGUGUGUUUCCCUGUCUGGGCGGCAGGGGGGAUAACUGAGCCAGCCUCCCCCUGCCUCCUACGGCAUCAGGACUAGUCUUCCAACAUCUGUUCUUCAGUGCUGUCUGCAGGGCUUGGUGCUGUAGCUGCAGGAGAUGGGGGAGCGGCACAGACAAGGUUUUCCUGACAGCAAGGGUAUUAUGCCAUCUUUGGGGGCCCCGAGGCACUUUAUAUUUAAUUAACUUAAUAUUCAUAUAUGUUUUUGUUACCUGUAUCAUCCCAGUCAGUCUUCACAACCCUCCUCCCCUUUAGGCUGGUGGUAUUAGCCCUGUUUUAUAGAUGAAGAAAUGUGGGCCCAAACAGAUUUAAUAAGCUGCUUUUACUAGGUUGUUCAGCUGGGAAGUGGCCUCGAGCCCACCUCCCCGGGCCACGAUCCUAUGUUCUUUUCCUUACGCCCACAGUGUGUGAGGGUCCAGGCUUGUGACUUCGUGGUUUAUUUCACCUCCCAGUUUCCUCAUCUGUAAAAUGAGAAUCUUCACAGAGCCUCCCUCACAGACUGCUGCGAGGAAGGAUGGAGACAGGGCAUCAAAGUCGUCCGGCACUUGCUGACUACUUGGUGAGCAGGUAUCGUUAGUAGCCAGCAACCAGUUUCGCAGGGGAUGGGCAAAUUAAGCUAUUAGAGGCUGUUCUGAAAUACCUAUGUCAGGACCUACACCGAGCCUACUGGAUCAGAACUUCUCCGUCUUGGUGAAGGGAGUAGGAGAGUAGGUGUGUGUCUCCAUUCUGAUGCCCUCCUCUGGCGAGAGCCAUUGCUCUGCUCAGUAUUCCAGAGUGUGCUAUGCAAAGUGUGCUCUUUGGACCAGCUGUCAGCACCACAGACCCCUCCCAGACCAUCUGCGUCAGAAUCUGUGUUUUAAAAAGAUUCCCACGAGAUGCAAAUGCAUGUUAAAGUUUGAAACGUACUGUUAAGGUUAAGAAACAUGCUAAUAAAAAAACAAAUGCACACACAUACCACCCACACCCAUUUGGGAAAGAGUAGUUUUGCAACCACGGAGUAACCAACUGUUUUGAAAUACCUGAUAUCUUGGGUUUGUUUAAAGGAGUGCUGGGAACAUAGUCAAGAGAUAAGGGAAGCUAACCCCAAACUGGAGACCAGGAACAGGCCUGGUCGGGGAGAGUCACCGUAAAACUUCAGAGUCAGAACAGGAGCAAACAGAGGGCCAGGAGUCAGUUCAGGCCGGGCGGCCACGCAGCACAGCUGUUUGUGGUAUUCUGGGAGGGGCAAGGCAGUGGUGCUGGCCCUUGGGGCUCCCCUACCUGCCCGUCCUGGCACUCUGAGGUGCCUGGGCUCCUCCUCUUGUGCCAGGCACGUCCAGGGCCCUGGCUACCAGGCUCCGUCAGGAGCUCUGAGACGCAGCCUGCCAGCUGGCUCUCCUCCUUCUCCAGGCUGUUCUCUGGGCUUCAGGUUUCUCACUGCCUCUCCCGCACUGACCUUGCAGCUUUUCCUUCCCUCCAGACAGGCGAUUGCCAGUUGAGAAAAAAAUGCUUGAAGGACCAAGGACAGGGAUUGGAAAGCAGAGGAAAGUAGAAUGGUCUUGUGGUCCGUUUCUGUAUUUGGGGGUGAGUGCAGAUGAAAGGAGAGUGGGGGAGGAAGGUGGGGGAGCCACUCACGUGGUCUCUUGCCCCUCCAGGUAAAGCUGCAGCAUGGGAAUGUCGGGUGUCCUGUAGGCACUGGCGCAGACACUGUCGUUGGGUCCUCAUUGUGGUUUAGCCAUGUGCUAGGGCCAUUUGAGGGAUGGAUCUCGAGAGGGGCUCUGCUCGCAGGUCCAGAGGUGACUUGGUCCCCUUAUACUACAGGGGGGAUGGGGGGAAGGUAAGCUGAACGUUCUGUGGGGCCUUUUAUAAGUCCAGUUAUCUCUUUGAACCUCAGUUUCCCUAUUUGUAUUACCAGAUUACAGCCUCCUAAGGUCAGUGAAGAUUUUGUUAAUCCUUUGUCUGGUAGGUGCUAAAUCGGUGAUCUUAGUUCCUUCUUUACUAUCCACCCCAGGCCGCCCCAUUUCCACUGUGGUGCUGGCCACGAUUACUUUUCUCCUCCCUUCUACCCCUCCCUCCAAGCCUGGCUUUGGUGGGAAACUGAACCAGAGACCUGUGGAGCAAGAAUUCAGCACAGUGAGCCCUGCAAACAUGGCCAGAACAGAAAGCCAGAAAAACAAAAACUCCAGUGCAGAUGUGACCUGACCGAGACCUCUGCCACUCGUACACGUCAGCCUCUUCAAAUCAGGCUGAAAACCACCAGGUGGUGGGCUUCCCUCGGGGAGGUUGUAGCGUGCAACUACCGCACGUGCGGCUCAGGAGCCAGGGGGCCUGGCGUCAGCCCAGCUCCCCACUUUCUCACCAUGGGACCUUCAUCUACCUGAGCCUCAGUUUUCCAUCUGUAAAAGGGGGGACUAUGACAGAACCCACCAUAUGGUCCGUUCAGGAUUCUUGUCUGGAUUCAGUGAGAUCUAAUGCACAUAAACACAUAGUUUGGUAUUUGGCACAUGCUAGCAUUAAGUGUUUGCUGCUGUUAGAGCUGUUUUAUGAUGACAGCUACCGCUUCAUAGUGCUUAAUAGGUGGCAGGCACUAUCCUAAGUGUAUUAUAAACAUUAACUUAUUUUAUCUUUAUAACAACUCUGUGAUGUAGGUACCACUAUUACCUCCAUUUCAAAUGAGAAAACCGAGGUACAGCCAGGUUAAAUAAUUGUCCAGUUACUAAGGGGUUGAGCUAGGAUUCAAACUCAGGCAGUUGGUUCCAGAGUCUAUGUUUGUCAUCGCUAUGCUGUGGCAAUUAUCAGUGAUCAUUUUGUACUCGGAGCCUAGUAGACACGGGGAGAAGGAGAGCAAGAGGUGAGAAGAGGUGGUCAUAUCCUCUCGUAGUCCAGCCAUCGUCUGAGGGCCUGCCACCGUUCCCAGGCUGGGACUGCCCUGCUGGUCCUGGUGACCUGUGCUACUCCUGGUUGAGGCUGGCCUUGUCAUAACAUGGACAGCUCCACUCCCAGCCCCACGGGCCUCCCAGGUGGCUCGUGCCACUUUCUCAUGCGUGCUCCUGGCAGCAAAAUGGUCCAUGUCUAACAAGUGGCCUACGACUUCCCCAGGAACAGUCCCUGUUUGCAAGGCAGGCUCCCUACUCACUGCCUGCCUGGCACAGAAGCCGAGCUGCCCAGGAGGGAAAGCUAUGGGCCCGUGACAUUUUCUCAAGAAACAUGUGGCUGUUUCUUGCCAGGCAGGAAAUGUUUGAUGCCCAGGAAAUGUGUUUGCUUCUGUAUGUGUCUGAUCCUUCCUUGUUCCUUGUCUGUCUUUCCAUGCACCCCAGGCACCCAGGCACUUGGAAGAUGCUCACAGUGGCCAUGUGCGUGGCCCUUCUGGGCUGCCUGCAGGCCCAGGAGCCCCAGGGACAUGUCUCCAUAAUCCUGCUCGGAGCCACUGGGGACCUGGCUAAGAAGUACUUAUGGCAGGGGCUGUUCCAGCUCUACCUGGAUGAGGCGGGGAAGGGCCACAGUUUUAGCUUCCAUGGGGCUGCUCUGACGGCCCCCAAGCAGGGCCAAGAGCUCAUGGCCAAGGCCCUGGAAUCCCUCUCCUGCCCCAAGGACAUGGCACCCAGUCACUGUGCUGAACACAAGGAUCAGUUCCUGCGGCUGAGCCAGUACCGCCAACUGAAGACGACUGAGGACUACCGGGAUCUGAGCAAGGACAUUGAGGCACAGAUCCAGCACAAAGGCCUCCGGGAGGCUGGCAGGAUUUUCUACUUCUCCGUGCCGCCCUUUGCCUAUGCAGACAUUGCCCGCAACAUCAACAGCAGCUGCCGUCCAGGCCCUGGCGCCUGGCUGCGAGUGGCUCUUGAGAAACCCUUUGGCCAUGACCACCUCUCGGCCCAGCAGCUGGCCACAGAACUCAGGAGCUUUUUCCAGGAGGAGGAGAUGUACCGGGUGGACCAUUACCUGGGCAAGCAGGCCGUGGCUCAGAUCCUGCCUUUCCGAGACCAGAACCGCAAGGCGUUGGACGGCCUCUGGAACCGGCACCACGUGGAGCGGGUGGAGAUCGUCAUGAAGGAGACUGUGGACGCAGCAGGUCGCAUCAGCUUCUACGAGGAGUACGGCGUCAUUCGAGACGUCCUCCAGAACCACCUGACCGAGGUCCUCACCCUCGUGGCCAUGGAGCUGCCUCCCAACGUCAGCAACGCGGAGGCCGUGCUGCGGCACAAACUCCAGGUCUUCCAGGCGCUGCGGGGCCUGCAGAAGGGCAGUGCCGUCGUGGGCCAGUACCAGACUUACAGCCAGCAGGUGCGCAGAGAGCUGCAGAAGCCAGACAGCUUCCACAGCCUGAUGCCAACCUUUGCAGGCAUCCUGGUCCACAUCGACAACCUUCGCUGGGAGGGCGUUCCUUUCAUCCUGACGUCUGGCAAAGCCUUGGACGAGAGAGUGAGCUACGUUCGGGUCUUGUUCAAGAACCGGGCGUUUUGUGUGCAGAGCGAGAAGCACUGGGACGCGGAGCAGAGCCAGUGCCUGCCCCGACAGAUCGUCUUCCACAUUGGACAUGGCGACCUGGGCGGCCCCGCCGUGCUGGUCAGCAGGAACCUGUUCAGGCCCUCGCUGCCCUCCGAGAGCUGGGCUGAGAUGGAGGACCGGCCCGGGCUCCGCCUCUUUGGCCGCCCCCUGUCCGACUACUACGCCUACAGCCCCGUGAGGGAGCGGGAUGCCUACUCCAUCCUCUUAGCGCAUAUCUUCCACUGCCGGAAGGACUCCUUCAUCACCACAGAGAACCUGCUGGCCUCCUGGGUCUUCUGGACACCUGUGCUGGACAGCCUGGCCCACGAGGUCCCACGCCUCUACCCGGGAGGAGCUGAGAAUGGCCACCUGUUGGACUUUGAGUUCAGUGGCAGCCAGUUGUCCUUUUCCCAGCAGCAGCUGGAGCAGCUGGUGCCCGGGCCAGGGUCUGUCCCGGUGCCCAGUGAGUUCCAGGUUCUCAGGGCCAAGUACCGAGAGAGCCCACUGGUCUCCGCCUGGCCCGAGGAGCUGAUCUCUAAGCUGGCCGACGACAUCGAGGCCACAGCUGUGCGGGCCGUGCAGCGCUUCGGCAAGUUCCACCUGGCGCUCUCGGGUGGCUCAAGCCCGGUGGCCCUGUUCCAGCAGCUGGCCAUGGGGCACUAUGGCUUCCCCUGGGCCCACACGCACCUGUGGCUGGUCGACGAGCGCUGCGUCCCACUUUCGGACCCGGAGUCAAACUUCCAGGGCCUGCAGGCUCACCUGCUGCGGCACAUCAGGGUCCCCUACUACAACAUCCACCCCAUGCCCGUGCACCUGCACCAGCGGCUCUGCGCCGAGGAGGACCAGGGCACCCAGCUGUACGCCAGGGAGAUCUCAGCCCUGGUGACCAACAGCAGCUUCGACCUGGUGCUGCUGGGCAUGGGCACCGACGGGCACACGGCCUCGCUCUUCCCGCAGUCGCCCGCCGGCCUGGACGGCGAGCAGCUGGUGGUGCUGACUACGAGCCCCUUCCGGCCGCACCACCGCAUGAGCCUCAGCCUGCCCCUCAUCAACCGCGCCAAGAAGGUGGCGGUCCUGGUCAUGGGUAAGAUGAAGCGGGAGAUCACCCUGCUGGUGAGCCGUGUGGGCCACGAGCCCAAGAAGUGGCCCAUCUCGGGCGUCCUGCCUAGUUCUGGCCAGCUGGUUUGGUACAUGGACUACGAGGCAUUCCUGGGAUGAGGGUGCCUUUUCCCUUUGCCCACUCCACUCCCGAGCUGUCCCCACCUGCCUCGUUCCCUGCCCUCUUAGCCCCGCCACCUGCCCAGUAUGCCCCGGCUCUCUGGAAUCUGAUGCCCCGGAGUCAGGCCCCAGCGAGGGCAGGACGGGGCCCUGUCGCAGUGCCUUUGGCAGUCAUCCUGUCUAGCUGUGGUGGAUAGGUGCAGACACAAGGGAGAAAUGGAAUCUCUGCUCCCAAGAAGCUUCAAAUCCAGGCCAGGAGGGAACCCCCCAGGUUCCAAAGAGGGAACGCGGUGGGCUGAGCUUAAUCAGGGAGUUUCCUGGAGUGGGUGAUCCUUGAACUGGCUCCCGUGGGAAAGAAGAGUGUGAUUGGCAGAGAAGGAUGCAAAGGCACCCAGGGGAGUGCAGCGCCCUGUGCAAAGCAGAAACGCUGGGACCGUUCUGAGACCUUGAGCAGGUUGGGGCCUUGCUUCCUCCCAGAGCCUCUGCGUGGUCGGCCUCUGUCCCUGCCUCUUUCAGCGGCCUCCACCUGCUCCCUGUCGCUGGCCCCUCCCUCUCCCCUCCACGCUGACGGUGCAGUGGGUGUUCCCCGUGCCCCCUGCUGCUUCGCUGUUGCUCAGAUUUCUAGAGAGACAAGGGGUGAUGAAGGAAUACGGCAGCAAAGACUAGUCAAAAGCUUCCAGAACUCUUACAGUUGUUGUUUGGAGGUCCCUUUCUCAGUUGCUGAACUGCUCUGCAAGGGAAGGCGGGGUCCAGUUCCCCAGCUUCCCGGGGAGCACCCCUGCCUCCGUCCUCUCUCAAGCUGGCCUCCCUCUCUGGAGCACGCUGCGUACGGAUGGUCAGGCCGUUCCAGGGAUCCCAAACGUAAGAGGGCCGCUUGCAUCUCAGGGGACUCCCAAGUGGCUGUUUCCACUCUCCGUAGCCUCUCUUGUAAAGAUCCAGUUAAAUCAUUUACCAAUGGCGACAACUCACUUGGCGGGAGAGAUGUGCAUCGAGUGACGCUGGGCAGUCCAGGGGGCUCUGAUCUGACCACACGAGAGCCCGGCCUCCCUGGUGGGCAGCAGCUGCCCACAGCCUUUUCAGGGCCCUAAUUGGCGGGUUACAGGGCUGCAGCCAGCCCUGCUCACUGUGCCUCUCGGUGCUGACAGCCUGCCACCUCCUGCUGGUCUCUCCUGCCACCUCUCCGGCACACUGGGACAGUGAAUAGGUAGCUUCUCUGCAAGCACAGGCUACAGGCAACGGAGUCUCUGCUCCCGGGAAGCCACAAGCCAGUAAUACCUGUUUUUCUGAAACCCCCAAGAAGGGUUCUGAAAUUCUCUUAAAAAACAACAGAAAGCAAAAUUCCCAGGACACCUGUAAUUUUGUUUGUUCAACUUCCCACAUAGUCACGGCCCCAAGACGUGACUCUGAAGGGUUAAGGCAGAUUUUUCUGCGUGACUUCCCCCAUCUUAAAGUCACACUCGGUGUUGGGCAAACAGUUUCAUGUCCUGCAGAAUGUUCCAGGAGAGGGCUUUCAUUUGGUGAGAAGGAGCAUCACGAAGUCUGUUUCUCUACUUUGGAUUGUUUACACUUUCUUCAAGGCUACGGAUUUGAAAGAAUUCUGGCUUUCCUUUGAGAUGUGUGCCUGUGAGAUGGUUCCGGAGCCAGCGGCUCUCGUAGGACAGGCACUUUGACCCAGGCGGGGUGGAACAUCUCUUUGUACCCAGAGAGCUACCCUUGGCGGAACAGAACCACAGUGCCGGGCCCAGAGGCCUCCCUUUCUGUCUGCUGGGCUGGGCGGGGCCUCCACUCGGGGGCGGUGCCUGCGGUCAAAGUCCCGCCUCUGGCCACAUGGGGGAGCCCUUGCACCGUCCCGCCGCCUGGCCAUCUGGGGUGGUGGCCUCCCCUGGCGGCAGGUUCCUGGCCGUGCUGCCUCCCUGGGCACCCGGCCCCAGCACUGCCCAUCUGUUCUUUAGGAACUUACUCCUCUGCGGUUGCAACACCGGAGAGAAAGGGGCCUUCACAUGCCCAAGUAUCCCUCCAGGAUCAAGGGUGAGCAGGCCCCUGAUGUCACCGUUUCUGAAUAAUAGUGAGUCACUGCCCGGCCUGGGCCUAGAAUGUUCUGUUCUUACUCAGAGGAAUGACUUGCCUCAGCCGUUUAUCUGUGGACAGUGCGUGUAUGGGAGUGGGGUGGGGGCCAAAAUGCCAAAGGGCUCCUUCCCAGAAUCACGUGCUUUCUGCAAGUCACAUGGGGCAAGUCCGAAUUCCUCUGCUCCCACCCAGCCCUUCUCCCGCCCCCCUGCAUGAGGGGAGAGCCUCAGAGCCAGGAGCCCCCAGGCUGGUGGUUCCCGCACUGUUCAGACCAUGAUCCACAGCAGAACGUGUUCCCACCGUGCCUCAGCCCAUUUGUACAUAAAUCUCUGUCUCAGGUUUUAUAAAGAAUUUCUUGCCCGUAGGACCUGAGGCACCCUCUGUUUUCUAGUUUUCCUUUUUGAAAAAAUGCUGCUUAUAAUUCACUAAAUUGAGAAUUUGUAAAACACCACUCUAGGCCCGCUUUCUCCCCAGUUCUGAAGGGAGGACCCGCGCCCAGCCCACGCAGGGAGGCCGGACCACGCCGGCCUCAGGUCGGGCUGCCCGGCCCUCGGUGCUGGGAUCUUGUCUGAGCCUUUGACAACCCCGGGAGGUAGGUGCUGGGAUCCUGGUCCCCUGAUGAGUUUGGACCUGAAGCUCAGGUUAGGGAACUGCUGUCUAAAGACAACAGGACAGUGAGCUGCCCAGUCGGAAGCCAGGUCUCUAGGGUCCCAGAGCUGUGUUCCCAAACGCCCUGCUGUGCAGCCGCAGUCACCAGGGUCCAGGUUGGAGUCGGGACCGGUGAUUCAGCCUGAGGAGCCCACGUGUGCACUCGGGGGCCCGUAAGGGCAGAAGGGCCCCCCUUUGGGAGACCGUGUUAGUCAGCAUCUCCAGAGCAAGCAGUCUUAUUUUUUGGGGGCAGGGAAGGACGUGAGGGGCCUUCUAGGCUGUCGUAGGCUGAUUCUGUUCCCAAUCUGGGGGCAAAUUUUUCUGCUAACUCCAAGUUGAACUAGUCUCUUCUUGUUGCUUUCCCCUGUUGCUUGUUUCUCUUCAGACAAUGCUUGUUCUCACUCUUGGGCCCCCAAAUUAGCAGCAUAACCAGAGCAUCCUACCAUUUGGACCGAUGUCCCGGCAUAUUCCCUGGAAUACUCCAAAUGUGCAGGGCCUGGGCUCCGUGGUGCGGGAGAGCUGCCUGCUGUGCGUGCUGCUCCUGUCCCGGGCGUCACAGGGCCCAGGCGGAGCAGGGAGCGUGUGACGGAGAAGGAAGGCAGAGGCUUCCAUCCGGGGCUAAUUCCUAGAAUUUAGUUUUCAGGAACAACUAUCUUUUCCUGCGAGAUAGAUGCCGCCUCACAUAAGCAGCUUCUGCAGCAGCUUUACCCAGCCCUAAGCACACGGGGCUCCCGUGGACCCCACUCCACGGUGGGAAAGCUGCUCGGCACCAUCCCAGUGUCAGAGAACGGACACGGCCCAGGAAAGGCCAGUAGCAAGGAGGACGGGGUGGCCAUGGUGGCAGGCCAUCAUCACACCUGUUCACCCUGCAGAUGAGACUCUGGAGGGGGAAAGGGCCUCGGAAGGUCUGUUGCCUCCAAAUGUCUCGGGCCAUGUGGCCCACGGGGGGCCAUUCACCCCGCCAUCCACUCGAGGGACUGAAAAGUGUCUGCCUCAGUGCCUUCCCUCUCCCUGCGACGGUUCCACUCUGAGCGCCACUGGCCACGAAGAGGCCUUAGCGCUUGGAGAGGUGCUAAUCCCAUUGUCCAGGUGACGUUUCCAUGGGAGGAAGGUAGCUCCUCCAACCUUACCAGCAUUUGGCAGCUAAUCGGAACCCGAGAGGGCAUCUAAACUGAUAAUGCAAUAAGAACAUUUCAGUUGGUGCUGCUCUGCCCUUGGGGCUCUGAGCAUUUUAACUGCAGCAAUUGGAGUUGCCUAGGUCAAGUGCAGAUUUAUUCCUGUGAUGGUCCUGCCUGCUUUUAUCUCUUGCCCACUGGCCAGGCAGCAGUCAGUGCAGUCCUGUUUCCAUCUUCAGUUGCUUGGACGAGGGUUUGCGUUGGAUGCUAGUGUGUUCUUUGCUUCCCUUUGCUGCGUACUGUGUAGUCUCCAUAUAAAAUGAAAACCACACACCCCGCCCUUUCUAGAGCAGAACUCUCCGUCCCCGUGUAUAUCAGUCUUCCCUGAAAAACGUGUCUCCACCCGGGUGAAGAGAGCGGGAACCCAAGGCAGCAGAUGCCUUCCAGGAACACGCACCUACUCGGUCCUCCAGGCCUGGGUCAGCAGCUCGGGUGGGGUGUGAGUGAGAAACUGCAGCUCCCUCAGCUUGUCACUGAGCAAAGUGCAAACUCACGCUGUCACCAGCACAAGACAGGGAGGGCGAGGAAGUUGAGGAUGCGUUUCUGACACUGCAGCAGGCCGUGGGGAAAAUGACCCCUUGGGUGAAAGCUCCCUGCAGCCAACUUCUGGGAGUUGCCUCCGUUUGCAGAGCGGGUCAGUGGGGACGUGCGUGUCUGUGUGUGACCCAUGAGUGGGAAGGGGAGAUUUGGAUUAAUUACGCUUCUGUUUAUUGGAUUCCCAAGGACGAUCUUGUUUCAAACCCUUGUCUUUCUCUCACGUGUCUCCAAGGCAGUCUCUGCAUCUUUUCUGUCCCUUGGCAUGGGAGGGGUCGACACAUUUUCACUUGCUGAGAGAGGUAUCAAGUGUAUUUGAAUGGCCAGUAGUUAGCUUGGAAAAUGUGAACGGUUUUGAUCCUUAGCUUUACCCCCCAGAAGUCUAGAAGUGUCCAAUAUAAAGUGUUAGGAGAUGCACGAGCGCUGGAGGAAAGGACCCUGGAUUAGCUGACAAUCAAGAACCUCGUUUGCCUCCACUUCUCCGGGACGUGCCGUGUGCAGUCUGCCCCUCCCGGUUCUGUUCACCCAGAAGAGCCAGCUGA